GCAUUGAUCACUUAUCUGUACAAGCAAUGUAGAAAGGCCUUGAUGAGGAAGUUAUCUGCGAAUCUGACCUCAUUAUCGUCGCUAGUUCGAGCUCUCUCUGUAUCCUCCGUCUCGUUCGUUGGGCAUGUUCCUUCUGCAGCUCUGGCUCCUCUUCCAAAUUCUAUCAGAUUGGAAGAUAAACACCCUUCCUCACUUGCAGCAGGACUCCCACACUUUGCUGUUGGUAUCUGGCGCAACUGGGGUCGUGACACGUUCAUAGCUCUUCCUGGGUGUCUUCUACGCACUGGAAGAUUUUACGAUGCUAAGAACAUCAUCCUUUCCUAUGCUGGAUGUCUUCGUCAUGGACUUAUACCAAAUCUUCUCGCUGAGGGAAAAGCUUCCCGUUAUAACUGUCGUGACGCUGUCUGGUUCUGGUUGUAUUCGAUUGAGCGCUAUGUCCGACUAGCACCAAAUGGUCAUGAGAUUCUCAAAUGCCCUGUUAGACGUAUCUAUCCACAUGACGACAGCGUAUAUGGAAAUGACGUGCAGAUGCAGCACCUGAUCGACGUGAUGUAUGAAGCGUUGAAUCGACAUUUCGCUGGAAUUGAUUUCAGAGAACGAUAUGCUGGACCUCAGAUUGAUGAGCAUAUGAAAGACGAAGGUGAGGGAAGAUGGCAUCAGUUGGUUGCAGGUUUCAACGUCAAGGUAUUUGUUGAUCGCAAUACAGGCUUUAUUCAUGGUGGUAACAGAUGGAAUUGCGGUACUUGGAUGGACAAGAUGGGAAGUAGCGAAAAGGUGGGUGUCACUUUUGACUUUGAGCUGAGACCAAAUUUCACCAUUGCUCUGGCUACGGUACCAACUUUAAUCGAUCCACACAAGGCUUGGAUGGCUCUUGAUAUGGCGAAAGAGCAUUUGCUAGGUCCAAUUGGAAUCAAAACACUUGACCCAAGUGAUUGGGCUUACCGUGGCGACUACAACAAUAACGACGAUGGAUGUGAUAAAACGAUAGCCAAAGGAUGGAACUACCAUCAAGGCCCCGAAUGGGUUUGGGUGGCUGCAUAUUAUCUACGCGCACGUCUGGCCAUUGGAAAUAUAUUAGGAGGGUCAGAGUGGCUCUCCGCGAGAAAGGAAGUACAGUCAAGGCUAGGAAACUACUAUCGGCACAUCAGGGUUCGCUAUUUCUUGUCCAAUGAUCCCUCACUUUUAUGA